AUGAUCAAAGCACCUUCAGGAGAAAGUAGUGAAACAUCAAGUGUUAGUCCUGUCUUAGGUCAAUCGAACAAUGCUACUGCUGCCGCUGCCAGUUCGCGCCGACUCGGUCAACGAUUCAUUAUUCUUCACUAUUCGCCAUUUAAAGCUGUAUGGGAUUGGGUAGUCAUUUUGCUUGUCUUAUACACUGGUAUAAUUACGCCGUACACAAUUUCAUUUCUUUCUGAUGAAGAUCAGAAACGAACUCAUUUAAACACAUUCGCAGCCACACGACAAUUUAAUCGAGAGCGAACCAGUAUUCAUGUUCUAGUUAUUAUUGAUGUUCUUGUUGAUUUCAUGUUCAUAUUUGAUAUACUGAUCAGUUUUCGAACAACAUUCGUAUUGAAAGAAACCAAUGAAGUGAUUACGAAUCCCAUUUUAAUCGCGAAACACUUCGUAAUCGAUUCAUGGAGACGAUUUGCUGCCGAUAUACUUGGAGCGCUACCGUGGGACAUUCUAUUUUUUGGAAACGGAAGUCAUUCGACAAUGCGUCUUGCAAAUUGCUUUAAAUUAGCUCGCCUAUUACGACUUGUUGCAUUCGUCCGAAAUUUUCAGAAAACUGAAUAUCGAUCAGCAGUUUUAUUUCUUCUCAUGCUUCUCUUUGCCAUUGCUGCACACUGGUUAGCUUGUAUCUUUCAUUUUAUUGCCAUUCUCGAACGGCCUAAUCUGCAAGUCAAAUAUUCAUGGUUGGAUCAUCUUGCCGAUAAAUAUAAAAUGCCAUAUCUGGCGAAUGAUACACUGAGCGGUCCAGAUACGAAAUCGAAAUAUUUAACUGCACUUUUCUUUGCAAUGACUUCUUUAACAUCAGUCGGUUUUGGAAAUGUGGCAGCGAAUACAAAUGGCGAAAAGUUAUUUUCUAUACUUUCGAUGUUAGCUGGAUCAUUUCUGAGCGCUUCUAUUCUUGGAAGCGUAACAACAAUCAUUAUUAAACUAUAUCAAGGUGCAGAGGAAUUAAAGGAAAUGAAACAGAGCAUCGAUGAUUUCAUUAAACAUCAUCGCAUCAACAAACAACUGGCCAAACAAAUGCAAGAAUCAUUUGAUCAUGAAUGGAAAAAUACCAAAGGAAUCGAUAUGAAUAGCAUUUUGAAAACAUUUCCCGAAUGCAUACAAGCAGAUAUAUGUCUGCACUUGAAUCGAGAUCUACUAAACCAUUGUCCGGUAUUUGAUGAUGCAAGUGAAGUUACUCUUCGAACAUUAGCUAUUCUUUUCAAAUCUACUCAUGUACCACCAGGUGAUACACUUAUACAUCAAGGGGACGUUCUUUACUAUAUCUACUUCAUACGCGGUGGUCAAAUGGAAGUUCUACAAAAUAAUGAAUCACAGGCAAUAAUCGGUCAAAAUGAUACAUUUGGAGAAAAUCCAUGUAAUACAGUAACACCGGGAAAGUCUCGAUGCGUUGUUCGUGGUGUGACAUAUUGUACAUUGAAUAAAAUCCAUCGCGAUGACCUAUUACAUGUUUUUCAUUUAUUCCCUGAUUUUGCUAAAUCGUUUGCUGAACGUUUCCAAGUUACAUUUGAUCUUAGACAAUGUGAACUAAACGAAUCCAAACCAUUCUACAAGUUAGAUGAUGAAAUACAAGUACUGAUUCGGCAGCGGCGUCCGAAAUUACAAAGUGAAAAACGAUUUAGUAUGAUGAGCGAGCGUGAAGAAGAAGAAAAUAGAUUAGCAAUUUUGAGAUCGUUUCGCGACGUUCGUAUAAGUGCUGACGGUAAUGUUCGACGAUCAAUGAAUACUAUCGUUGAGUUAUCUCCUGAUCAAGCCAAUCUAUGCGAUGACAAGAUCAAAUUUGAUCAACAGCCGCGACGAGUCUCGUUGUCACCAAUAGUGCAUGGAAUUUCCAAUAUGUCGGUGAAAAAGAAAACCACGCCAUACACACUCUGUCUUCCACAAGAACCAGAAGAAAAGAAGUCACUGCUACCAGCUCAGCCACGUUCUCCAAUAGAUCAAAACACUCUGAGCAUGUCACAAAAAUUUGUAACCAACACUAUACGCAGUAUGGCUGAUGUCGAUGCCGAAUUAGCACUUCUUCAGAUGCGAUUUGAUGGCUUGGAACAAUUUAUCAACGACAAAAUCAAAGUUUUGUUUGAUUUUGCUACAGUCGUUUCACAAUCAAAUGCGAAUCAACUACUCACGAGUUCCAUUCAAAGAAGCACGACCAUUACCAAUAAAACUUACACUGUUCUAGAUAAACUGGUCUUUUCAACAGAAAAAUAA